AUGUCGUCUCUGCCCAAAACUUACAAAGCGGCCGUCUUUGAAAAGACAGGUCAGCCCCUUACGUUUAAGGAUAUCGAGCUCAAGCAUCCCGAAGACGGUCAGAUCCUCGUCAAGGUCGAGGCUUGCGGUGUCUGCCACUCGGACGCACACGUUCAGGCGGGCGCCUUCGGACCUCUUCCUCGUGUCCCUGGCCAUGAGAUUGUCGGCAAGGUCGUCGAGGUGGGUCCCCAUGUCACCAGGUGGAAGAGCGGCGAUCGUGUCGGCGGCGCUUGGCACGGAGGCCACGACGGCACCUGCCGCCAGUGCAACCAAGGCCUUUUCCAGAUGUGUGAUAAUGGACAGAUCAACGGUGUCACCCGGGACGGUGGAUACGCCGAGUACUGCCUUCUCCAGGCCGAGGCAGCGGUGCGUUUGCCCUCGGACGGUGAUGCCGUGCAGAUGGCCCCUCUAAUGUGUGCCGGUGUCACUGUUCAUAACGGCAUCCGCAAAAUGAACAUCACUCCUGGCGAAGUCGUCGCUAUCCAGGGUCUUGGAGGCCUUGGUCACCUUGCCGUCCAGUACGCGCGCAAGAUGGGUUACCGCACAGUCGCGCUUUCCCGAGGUACCGACAAGAAGGACUUUGCCAUGAAACUUGGCGCCACCGAUUACAUCGACACCAGCAGCCAAGAUGCUGCCGAGGCUCUGCAGAAGAUGAGUGGUGCGGCCCUGAUUGUGGCUACCGCGCCCAAUCCAGAACACAUCUCGCCCCUGGUCGGCGGUUGCAAGCCGAUGGGCAAACUUCUGAUCCUCGCUCCCGUUGGAGACGUCCGCGUAAACUCGAUCGCCAUGAUUACUAAGGGCAUUUCGGUACACGGCUGGCCAUCCGGCCAUGCCCUCGACUCGGAGGACGCCGUUGAAUUUAGUCAACGAUUCGGUGUUGAAUGCAUGUGCGAGACCUUCCCUCUAGCCAAGGCAAACGAGGCGUUCGAGCAUAUGAUGGCCAACAAGGCUCGCUUCCGUGCUGUCCUUACAAUGUGA